AUGGGAGCAAAUAGCAGCAGCAUCAGCGAGCUUCCGGAAAAUGAGUACUUAAAAAAAUUAUCAGGAGCAGAGCCCAUCUCCGAGAAUGACCCGUUCUGGAAUCAGCUGCUGUCUUUUAGCUUUACCACUCCAACAAACAGUGCUGACUUAAAGCUCUUGGAAGAAGCCACAAUCUCAGUCUGCAAGUCUUUAGUUGAGAAGAAUCCUCGAACAGGAAACCUUGGGUCUUUGAUUAAAGUCUUUCUUUCUAGAACCAAAGAGUUAAAAAUUUCAGCAGAAUGCCAGAAUCACCUCUUUAUUUGGCAGGCUCACAAUGCGCUGUUUAUUAUUUGCUGUUUACUGAAAGUAUUCAUCAGUCGAAUGUCAGAAGAGGAGCUGCAACUUCAUUUUACUUAUGAAGAGAAAGCAGCAGGCUCAUAUGCCAAAAAUGGUCUGGCAAAAAGGACUGGUAUCAGAAUGCUAAUACAGUGCGAGUGUAUUGUGGAAGAACAACCAGAAGUAUCUGAAUGUGGAUUUUUCUCAACAAUCAGUCCAGCAAGGACACGCGUUGAGAAUAUCUAA